AUGGAACCUGUAAACACUUCCGGUAGCCUCGCGAAGCUGCGAGAGCUUAUGAAGAGGGAGAAGGUUGAUGUUUAUGUUGUGCCUAGCGAGGAUGCCCAUAGCAGCGAAUAUAUUUGUGCUGCUGAUGCCCGGAGAGCUUUUAUUUGCGGUUUCACGGGAUCCGCUGGUUGUGCCAUAAUCACCCAGGAAAAGGCUGCCCUCUCGACGGAUGGGCGUUAUUUCAACCAGGCACAGCAUCAACUGGAUAGUAAUUGGGAGCUCUUGAAACAGGGACUCCCUGAUGUUCCUACCUGGCAGGAAUGGGUUGUUCAGCAGGCUGAAGGGGGUAAAACCGUCGGCGUCGAUGCUACUCUAAUUACAGCCCAGCAAGCGAAGGGUCUGGAGACACGCAUAAAGAAGAAGGGUGGUACAGGUCUUCUCGGAAUGCCCAAGAAUCUUAUAGAUGAGGUCUGGGGCACAGAAAGACCAGCAAGGCCGAACAACAAACUGAUCGUCUUGGAACAAAAAUACGCCGGGAAGCCCUUCCAGGAGAAGCUCGAGGCUCUUCGAAAAGAGAUGGAGAAGAAAAAAAGUCCUGGGUUCGUUGUGAGCAUGUUGGACGAGAUUGCAUGGUUAUAUAACUUAAGAGGAAGCGACAUUCCUUAUAAUCCGGUUUUCUUCUCAUACGCUUUUAUAACCCCCACCGAUGCAACUCUUUACAUCGAUUCUUCUAAGCUGGAUGAGAAGGUCCUUGAUCACUUAGGUGACGAGGUAAAAAUCCGCCCUUACCAUGCCAUCUUCGACGAACUUGCCGCCACUUCACAGAAACUCAAAGAAGAAGCGGCAGCCACGGAGAACGAGACCUCUACGAAAGAGGCCCAGAAAUGGCUCGUUUCUAAUAAGACUUCAUGGGCUCUGUCAAAGGCACUUGGUGGCGAGGAGAAUAUUGAGGUCAUUCGGUCUCCUAUUGAGGAGGCAAAGGCCGUCAAGAAUGAUACAGAAAGAGAAGGAAUGAGGAAUUGCCAUGUCCGUGAUGGAGCUGCAUUGAUUGAAUACUUUGCUUGGUUGGAAAAUGAAUUGGGGAAAGGAGAGAAGUUGGAUGAAGUACAAGCUGCGGACAAGUUGGAGGAAAUUAGAUCAAAGAACAAGGACUUCAUGGGUCUUUCUUUCGAUACAAUUUCUUCAACUGGUGCCAAUGCCGCUGUCAUUCACUACAAACCAACACCAGGUGCAUGUGCAGUUAUUGAUCCUAAAGCUGUCUACUUGUGUGAUUCUGGUGCGCAGUACCUCGACGGAACCACUGAUACCACUCGCACACUCCACUUUGGAGAGCCAACAGAUAUGGAAAGAAAGGCAUACACUUUGGUGCUGAAAGGGAUGGUCGCUUUGGAUAGAGCGGUAUUCCCCAAGGGGACUACAGGAUUUGCUCUAGAUGUACUAGCACGUCAAUUCUUGUGGGCCGAGGGCCUAGAUUACCGUCAUGGAACCGGACAUGGAGUCGGAUCCUUUUUGAAUGUCCAUGAAGGCCCUAUCGGCAUUGGCACAAGGAUACAGUACUCAGAGGUUCCUUUAGGCCCGGGGAUGGUCAUCUCUGACGAACCCGGCUACUAUGAAGAUGGUUCCUUUGGUAUUCGCAUUGAAAAUAUUAUUAUGGUAAAAGAAGUUCAGACAAACCACAAUUUUGGCGAACGGCCGUACUACGGAUUUGAGCAUGUUACUAUGGUUCCAAUGUGUAAAAAACUUACUGACCCCUGUCUUCUUACCCCCGCCGAGAAAACAUGGCUAAACGAUUAUCACGCGGAGGUUUAUGAAAAAACAAAAGGAUUCUUUGAAAAGGAUAGCAUAGCACUUAAAUGGCUAGAGAGAGAAACGGCGGCGAUUUAA